AUGCAACAACUCCAAGCGCCACCUCUGAACGUCGUUGGCUCCCUUCCUGAAGCAAUGCUUGAUAAUCAGGCUGAGCCCAAGGAAGCUGGAUACGAAUCGGACCUAACCGACCUUGAGGAUAUCGAACCCCCUCGAACAACCAUGCCCAGCAGCAACCCGAAACCAUCUCCUCCUUGCAAGAAGGUCAACGCGCCUAGCCCCAAGCCAUCGAAGGGCAAACGUCCUGGCAAGAAACCAAAGCCUCGCACCCACGAGAUUCCACAACACCUAAGGCCUGAUAUCCCAGCUCACACGUUUCGCAGCAAGAAUCGGCGUCGUUCUAUCGUGGCUCACUACCUCCACGGGGUUUUUGAGAACGCCAGGGUCAUCCAUGCCGACUUCGACAUGGCGGUUGCUUUCUUUUUGCAACAGGUCCAUCAUCUCAACCUCGGCGAUAUCCCCAUCAGCGUCAACACGGUCCUGGCCGACUUUUCGGUCCUUGAGCCUCUGAACGGUCGUCAAGACAGUAUUCUUCUCUGUGCACAUCACAUCAGACGCACUCUUGACGAGUAUGCAGCUUGUCCUCGUGGCCCCAAGCCAUUUGCACUUCGAUUUCCCAACCUUACAUCCCUCAAUCAACUAGCAAUUGAACGGUCCAUUUCACCUGAGGUCGUAGGAAAGGACGAAGCCGUUGUGCUUAUUGAUUUGGCCGGCCGCGUGGCUGCUGUGGGCAUUCCACCCAAGGAACGCGGAUGCAUUGCUUUUUCAGGCGCCGCGGUGGUCCACGAUGCACCACCGUUCAUUGGCCCCAUGACUUGGGAGACGUUCCAGCGCACUUCCCAUCCACCGCCUCCAAUUGUGCAGAGUCCAUACCAGGUAUCUGAAACUGCAAGCACUCGACUAAGCGGUGCAGCUGCCAGCAUGAUCAACAUACCUGGUACAAUCAAUGGCAUGUCGGACACGCAGAUGCAAUUAGGGCUCAAUCGGCAGGGCCACCCUUCUUCUGGGUGGGAACAUGCCGAUGUGAGCCAUUACAACCUUCCUACUAUCAUUCAGAUGGGCAAGGACACCGCAUAUAAGUGUGAGGAACACGAGCGAACGACUUCCGAAUUGCUGUGGUACCUGGAAAUGGGACGACUCAUCAUCAAGUCCAUCCAGCCUCAUUCUUACUCGGCCGCCAUGGCCGCCGUUCGUGUCAUUGUACAGAAGGGAACGCCGGCGGCAUCACGGGAACUGAAGAAUAUGACCAACCCCCUCGGAAUCGGCAGGCACGUGAUGUUUGGCAUGCAAGUUGAUCAUCAUCGAGAUGGAAACAACGCAUGCCUUUUCGCCUCCGCCAAUUUUUUUGGCGAAAACUACGGCGGUGGCGAAUUGAUCCUCAAUUACCUAGGCUAUGCGAUUCAUGGAGGCCCGGGCUAUUCGGUCCAUGGUGCAUUUGACAUACUUAUGCAUGGAGUAGGUCAAAUCACACGUCUGCCAACCACCGAAGGCCAACCUCUUCAGCGAAUCUGCAUGGCAAUCUACAGCCAUGCAGAUGUUUUCGCUGGAGCUGCUCGUUUUGCUGGAAUGCAACAAGAGCCUAAGCUAUUUAGCGACCGUCGCCUUUGGAUUCCUUUUUAUCCAGCAGGCUUCUCUCUCACUCAGAUGCUUCAAAUCCUCAACAAUGAAGAAAAGCGCUUGCAUGAAAAGUAUCGCCAGGAGGUUCGAGCUUACAAGGCCGCAUUAAAAGCAGCGGAAGAAGCAGCAAAGAAGUGUGGGGCCUUGAAUUACAUAGGCGAUAAUAACUUUUUGAUGCUCAGAAUGGAUCAAGAGAAGCAAGGUUUUAAGAAGUAG